AUGAAUCAGGUCUCGACGAAGUCCAAGUUGAAGACAACUGAGUUCAAUGGGGGUGAAAGCAGGGGGGUGAAAUUUAUGAAUAGGGCUAAGGGCCACCUGAAUCCAGUGAGUAAAAAUGUGGCUAACGCGCCUAGUGCGGCAAACACGCAGUUUACGAACAAAACGUCUUUUGCGAAGAACUCGCACUUGAAACUGCGGACGAACAACCCCAUGUUGAAGCAACCGCCCAAGAGCAGCCUCAAAAGCAAUCAGAGGAGCUCACUGAGGGUUUCCCACGUGGAAUUCGCCAAGCAUGGCAAUAAAAAGGGUCAUCACAAUGGUGAUGAUAAGGGCGAUGGUUACGAUGACGACAACGCUGGUGCGAAUGAUGUGCGUGAUGGGGUGCAUGAUGGUGUGCAUGAUGAUGUGCAUGGUGAUGGCGAGAGGGAGGCGAGAUGGGCGAGGAGAAAGGUUCCCUCACCCAACGCCGCUAACGCAACAAACGCAGAAGGGAAGAAGAGCUACGUGAACAAGUUCGCCGUACGGAACCACAGAAGAGACAAGUAUGGGGAGAGCGGGAAGACAACCACCAUCUCCAGUGGAAACAAUAACAAUGAAAACAAUAACCACAAGAGCGGUAACCCUAAGCUGGGACAUCCCAGGAUUCUUAGCCAGCCCCAGCACUACGAGGGGGAGGAAGCUGUGGGGGGUGAAAAUGAAUGGGGGCGUAGGGCGGAAGGCGCCAUCUACUCUUACACCUCGCCCAUGAAGAGAAAAUACGACGCCAUGGAAAAUGUAUACAGGGAGGGCAAGGGAAGUGAUAACGAUAGUAACAGUGGAGGGGGCCCUCACAGCGAACGUGAGCAUGACCACGAGCGAGAGCGCGAGAGAGGAAGGAGGGACACCAACACACAGAGUAAACGAUACGCCUCAAGAGGUUACCCCCAUGAGAGUGGAAAUUCACACUACGGUAAUAACUUGAGUGCGGUCAAUAAUAUAUCUAGUGGUACGAAUGAAAAGGUCAGUGCUUACGGCAGCAUGAUGUUCUAUUCGAAUGAGAAACUUCUGGGUAGCAACAACACAGGACUUGGUGCCGCACACCCAAGCCUGAACAGCAGUGGUUUGCAUACGAUGAGUCAGGAGGACGGUUUUCUGAGUAGGUCCUACCAGCCGCUCAGCACAACAGGCGGGAAUGCAGCGGGGAGUACAAGCGGCGCGGCGAACAUGCCCGGUGUGGACCAGGGCGAGGAUAAUGUGAAGACCACCCCGUUAGGGAGAAGCUAUGCUAAAUUUGAUCGCUUGAGAAGGGGCGAACCGAUGCUUGCCGUUCCGGCGCACAAGUACCAGCAGCAAUCUCAGCAACAGCAACAACAAGAGGGGCAGCACCUGAAUAACUCGCUCUACUACCUGAGCAAGAACAACCCCUUGAGAUCGCAGAGGCGGAGCAGACACACCAAUUAUAUAACCGACACGAGUAGCGAAAGGAUGGUAAAUAAUACGAUGGGGAGCCACAACGAGCUGUUUAACUCGUGUACAUUGGACAGACUGAGUGAGCAGAAUUUUAAUUCCUGUUCGAAGAAGAGGUCGGAUGGAAGGAUGGACAGCACCCAGGUGGGUGCAAUAGACGGGGGAGGCGGCGAGGGUUCGGUGUAUAACGGAGCGGAUCGCUGCAUGGAUCGUGGAGCGAGUGCAAAUAGGAACACUACGUCGAACGGUUCCCACAAAUUCUCACGGCUGCUGAGGAACGAUGCAAUGGGAGGACUAAGCAGCGACAAGGGGGGCUUGAAGAGCAACCAGCUGGAGUCAAACAACAUGGAGUUGCGCAAUGUGGCUACAUCAGUGCAGUACUCAGAGGGUCGCCCCUUCGCUGUGGGGUCUACUAGUGGCAUGGGCCCGGUUAGCAGGGCGUUGAAAGGAGCCGCUCCAAAUGAAGUACGAAACGGAAGGGGAGCGAGUCUAACGGCUCUGAGCAGACUAGAUAGCAAGGAAGGGGAUAGUGAAGACGAUUAUUAUAGAAGCGUCGUGCAUAACAUCACAAACUGCAACAGUGAAGAAAACGAUAUGAACGCUUUAUACACAAAUGUGGUAAACCUAAACAAUUAUAUAUUGAAUUUAGAAAAUGAAAAUCAUAACCUUAAUGAAAUUGUUAAGACAAACAACAGCAUUAGUGAGACAGUUAGAAGUAUUCAACAGAAUGUAUUAACAAGAAAAAAAGUUAUUCAGGAUAGAAGGAAUGUGAUAAAUGAAGAGUAUGAAGUGAUUUCACAGAAGCUGAAGGAAUGUGAAUCCAUUUUUUGUGAUUCAAAUGAUGGUGCUACAGGAGAAAAAAAAUUAAAAGUGUUCUACGAAAUUGAUGAAAAGAAAAAUACGCUAAAAGGGAAAUAUGAGAUGAAGAAAAUGCUUUUGAAAAAGGCCGAGUAUAAAAUUGAAAAGCUACAAGAAUACACAGAUGCAGUGAAGCUUAAGACGCUAGCCAUAUCGGAGAGGUACAAGAAGACCUUUUUACUCAUAGAGGAACUGUUUAGGUUGAAAAUUAUCAAGGACACGGAAAAUGAGGUCCAGGUUUGCCUCAUUCCGAAGAAUACUAAGACGAACAUGUGGCACAAGCUGCAGUUGGACAAGAGGGAAAUGACGUCCGACGCUUGUGAUUAUUUGUGGAGCCAAAUAGAGUCCUUCGUGGACAAGGAGGCUCUCAACAGUUACCUCUAA